AUGCGGCGAGCUUUCCGUCUUGAUUCGUUUCCUGUGCUUCUCGAUCGACGAUACCCGUCAUAUGCUGUGAGGCCGCAGUCGGAGAGGUUCGCCAAGCUGGAUUCUCGAAAUCCUCCCCCGAAGCGGCCGCUUCCGGUGACAUCCACCGUGAAUCGGCCGCUGUCCCCGCGGAACUUGUCACCCAAGAACAAUACCCCUCGCCUCAACAUCUCCCGGUCUUUGAACUCCAUCCCGGAGUCCACUACGCUUCCGGACUCUCCCUCGUCCUUCCCUCCGCCGUCUUCUAACCUCAUCAACCACAAGCCGCGAGGCACACGCCUCCUCGAUGGCGCGCCUCCGAGCGAUGCUAGUGACGUUCGCGGGCAGGAGAUCGAAGGGGAACAGAAGCCUGGUGCUUCAAACGGCCGCCAAGGGGAACCAAAUUCUACCAUCGUCCAACUUCUUGAAGAGAAGCCUGAAGAAGACACGCAUGUGGAUGAUGAUGGGCUUGUAGAAUCAGAUGAACUGGCUAAACCUGGCUCUCUCGAUUUUGAUAAAGAUACGGAGAUUAACAAUUUCUAUAAUCCCAAUUGCUCAGUUAAUAAGCUCGACAGAAAUCUCAACUCUGCGAUCUGGAAACCUUCUACUCCUUCAGGGGAGUAUUUUGAUGCCUUCGAAGAGUUAUCCAGUUGCGGCACUUCACGAUCUUACAGUUGGAAAGCUGAAGAACUGCAUGACUUGAAGCUGAAUACAUUGUUGGAAGUAGAGAGACGCAAGCAAGCUGAAGAAGAAACUGAGGCCUUGCAAAACCAAUGGCAGAUACUGAGUCACCAUUUGUCGCUUGUGGGAUUGAAGCUUCCCGCUCCAACUUCUAUCCGUGAUGUUAUAGAUCAACCGAACAUCAAUCCUGCAGAGGAUUUGUGCCAACAGAUUGUGGUUUCUCGCAUAGUGGCUGAUGCUGUAGGGAGGGCCAUUACUUGUGCCGAGUCUGAACUGACUAUUCAACCUUUGAUCCAGUCUAAGAAUUUCGAGAUUGCUAGGUUGCAGGAUCGGCUCCAGUAUUAUGAAACUGCAAACAAGGAGAUGUCUCAGAGAAACCAAGAAGCAUUAGUGGGGUAUGUUUCUGGUGCAGAAUUGGCACGACAACGCCGUAACAAGCGCAAGAGACAGCAGAGGUGGAUUUGGUCCUCAAUUGCCCUCGCUGUGACUCUCGGUGUCAUUUCUAUUGCAUGGCCAUGCCUGGCCAUUUCCAUGUCUAGCAGAUCAAAUGCAGAGAAUUUUGGAUCAAAUGUGGAUGGCUACUGUGCCUAUUCAUGGCAUCUGAUUCCUUCCAUUUUAAGCAUUCUCACCAUCCAGCUUAAAAGAUGUCUCUGCCAUUAUGCCUGUGGAAUUAUUGUGCUACGAGAUAAUCAUCAUUAA